AAAAAACAAAGUUAGAGAGAGAGAAGAAAAGAGAAGAGAGAGAGGGAUUCGAUUCAUCAUCAUUCAUCAAAACACACAACUCCAAAUCCUUAAAAUCGUACGGAUCUCUCUCUCUUUCAUAUCCUUAAUUCUUCAUCUUAUUCAUCUUCGAUCUGGGUUUUUUAGGUUUUCUUCGUUUGAAGAGUUGAGAUAAAGGAGGAAGCUGUUUUGUAGCCUUGAAAAUGGCGUCAGUGGGUAUAGCUCCUAUCCCUGGGGCAAGAGACUCUACUGCACAUGCUUCUGGUGUUGAUAAAUUACCUGAAGAGAUGAAUGACAUGAAAAUUCGAGACGAUAAAGAAAUGGAAGCGACGGUGGUAGAUGGUAAUGGGACUGAGACUGGCCAUAUCAUUGUGACUACUAUUGGUGGACGAAACGGCCAACCAAAACAGACGAUCAGCUACAUGGCAGAACGUGUUGUUGGACAUGGAUCAUUUGGCGUUGUGUUCCAAGCGAAAUGCCUUGAGACAGGAGAAACUGUUGCAAUAAAGAAAGUUUUACAAGAUAGGAGGUACAAGAACCGUGAGCUUCAAACCAUGAGGCUACUUGACCAUCCAAAUGUUGUGUCUUUGAAACACUGCUUCUUCUCAACCACUGAAAAAGAUGAGCUUUACCUCAAUCUUGUUCUUGAAUACGUCCCGGAAACUGUUCAUCGUGUUAUCAAACAUUACAACAAACUGAACCAGAGAAUGCCUCUCAUAUAUGUCAAGCUUUACACAUAUCAGAUUUUUAGGGCUUUAUCUUACAUUCACAGGUGCAUUGGUGUGUGUCAUCGCGACAUAAAACCUCAAAACUUGUUGGUAAAUCCACACACUCAUCAAGUAAAACUAUGCGACUUUGGAAGUGCAAAAGUAUUGGUAAAAGGAGAACCAAACAUCUCCUAUAUAUGCUCAAGGUAUUACAGAGCACCUGAACUUAUUUUUGGAGCAACUGAGUAUACGACAGCCAUUGAUGUCUGGUCUGCAGGAUGUGUUCUUGCUGAACUCUUGCUUGGACAGCCAUUGUUCCCGGGUGAGAGCGGUGUUGAUCAACUUGUAGAGAUAAUCAAGGUAUUGGGAACGCCUACCAGAGAAGAAAUCAAGUGCAUGAACCCUAACUACACAGAAUUCAAAUUCCCUCAGAUUAAAGCUCAUCCAUGGCACAAGAUUUUCCACAAACGCAUGCCUCCGGAAGCUGUUGAUUUGGUCUCAAGACUUCUUCAAUACUCUCCUAAUCUACGAAGUGCCGCGCUUGACACUUUGGUCCACCCAUUCUUUGAUGAGCUAAGAGAUCCAAAUGCACGUCUACCAAAUGGACGUUUCCUUCCACCACUUUUCAACUUCAAGCCGCACGAGCUGAAAGGUGUACCUGUGGAGAUGGUAGCUAAGUUAGUACCUGAGCAUGCAAGGAAGCAGUGUCCUUGGCUCGGUUUGUGAUUUUCAAAAAACCCCUAAAAAUGUAGCAAGAAGGAACACAAGACUUCUAUAAUGUGCCUCUCUCCUCUCUCCCCUCUCUCCUCUCCCUCCUCUCCCCCCUCUCUAUGUAUCAAUAUGUCAUAGUCUGAUAUGUAUCUCUUUGUUUGUUCUUUGUUGUAUGAGUAGAGAAAGAAAAGAGUUAUUAUUACUAUAGUUGGUCUGUUGGUUUAUAAUGUAACAGCCCACCAAGAAUUUUUUAUAUAUGCUUUUGUAUC